GACAAGAUCUGCAGCGUCACCUCCUCUCCCACACUGGGGAGCGUCCCUUCCCUUGCUCGUUCUGCCCCUAUCGGGCCUCGCUAAAGGGAAACCUCAAGAAGCACAUACAAGGCCUUCAUGGCCAUCUAAUUAAGAGAGUUGAAAAUGAGGCAGUCUCCCCCAGUGCUCCUGUCCUCUCACCUCCUUCACAGAACAUACAGAGGGCGGGUGGCGUCUUGGCAGUCCGGGCUUGUGGCACACCGCCCACUCCUGCCAACCCCCUCUUCCCAGUCUGUUGCAGUUGAGUGCAUAACAUGUGGGAAGACCUUCUACGGAUUCAACCGCAAGUUCCUGUUAAAGCGACAUAUGAUCACUCACACUGGUGAAAAGCCUUUCCAGUGCCCACACUGUCCGCACAGAGCUAACUUGAAACAGAAUUUGGAAGUCCACAUUAAACGGAAGCAUAGGGAGCAAAUGCCUGCAGAUUACGUGCCUUCAAGUGCAGCAGAAACUCCUUGAAGAAGGAGUCUUUCAUUGUAUUUUUUUCUUUUUAUUUUUUACAUUAUUUUAAUGAUUGUGCAGCUUUUUUAUGUAAGAAGUGGUAAUGGAAAUGCGCCACUGGUGAAGCGGAAGGUUAAGUGUGCCCUGUA